CGGUGGAUAGUAAACUUAACGAUCGAGUAAAACUUCUUCACUCUUGUCAGUUUUCUGUUUUCUAAUUUGAUAGAUUGACUCACUCAGGUCAAUCCAGAGUUUUGCAAGUGGAUACUACAGGGUAGUUAAAAAAGUAACAAUAAAUAACUAUAAUUUACAAACUAUACUGAUUGAGGAAUACGGAAAACCCUGUUAUCAUAGUACAAAUAUACAUAUCACUGCAGUAAACAUCAAUUUUGUGUGUGUUUGUUUGUGAGUGUUCUUAUAAAUUUGUUUGCUUUGAUGAAAUACUGUGAUAAAUAAUAUAAGUUGAUAAAAACCGUGACAAUAUGGCAAAUAAAGAUGAUCAUCUUACUUAUUACCGUGAGUUUUUUGAAAACUUUGCUCAAACUAUUAAUCCGAAUGAUCCGCUACCUGUUAAAUUGGCAAGUUAUAAGUUAGUGAAUGCAGAAGUUGUGGGAGGAAUUAUCGACUGGACUACGCAGUAUUUAUCUCAAAAAAAAUGCCCGCCAAAUUUAUUUUCGCCUCUCAUCAAGAUUAUAAUAGAAGAAACCAGAAAGGCCUGCAAAAAACAACCAGUUAAUUGUGGAUUUAAUCCAACAGAUCACGCGUAUGAACCUCUCAAAUUAAUGCAGACUGUGAUUUCUAAAACGAAUGAAGUUUGUCUGAGGUACCUGGAUAAUAGUAUGUUAUGCUCACUGCCCUCUCCGGAUACAGGGACGCCUUAUUGCAUCACUAGUGUCUAUGCGAUAAAAAACACACGCAGACGAAUGGAAGAUAGACAUGUGGUCAUCCAUGAUUUGAACAACAUGUUCAACAUUCAGGAAGUGAGUCCGUCCAGUUACUAUGCAGUAUUUGAUGGCCACGCAGGAUCUCACGCUGCUGAGUACUGUUCAGGCCAUUUACACCAGUUUCUUGCCGAAAAUAAAUAUUUUGCUUCAAAUCCAAAGCAAGCCUUGCUAGAUGCCUUUUGUAAAACAGACGCUUUGUUUAUAGAUAAAUGUAAAGUUGAAAAUUUUAGUAGUGGUGCUACUGCUGUUGUUGCAUUAUUACGUCCCAAAGAAAAAAUGUUAUAUGUUGCUUGGGCAGGAGAUUCUCAGGCUUUAUUGGUAAAUAAAACACGGGCAUUCCAAAUAGUUGAUCCUCAUAAACCCUGCAGAGAGGAUGAACGAGAGAGAAUUGAAAAACGUGGUGGUUGCGUGAUGUUAUGGGGGACGUGGAGAGUCAAUGGUCAGUUAGCAGUAUCCAGAGCCAUAGGUGAUCCAGAGUACAAACCUUUUGUCACUGCUGUUCCAGAUAUCCAGGAAAUUACUUUAGACAACGAUGAUUUCUUAGUAAUAGCCUGUGAUGGACUAUGGGAUAUUCUCUCGAAUGAAGUAGUUGCCAGGACCGUUUAUAAUUUGGUUACAGAAAAUCCAGACGACACCAGUAGAAUCAGUCAAAGAUUAGUUCAAAUAGCAAAAGAACAAGGCUCUGCUGAUAACAUCACUGUGAUAGUAGUGUUUCUUCGAGAACCGUCGAAAAUUGCCGCAGAAGCCUACUGGGAAAAUCGCAAUUUGAAUCCUGCAACUAUGGAGGCGGGCCUCGACAAUUCCAAUAAUCCGUUCGUUAUGCCGAACGGCGCUAACACAGAUAAUAUGAUUAGUCAAAAAUCAGACGGUUUACUGUUGAAUCUAACAGAUAAUUUCAAACAAAAUGGUACAGAUUUGCAAACGUCUGACAUUUUUUCAAACGAAAAGGCAAAUGGUAAACGCUUAGCAUCGGAAUUUGAUGAUGAAGAUUUCGGUCCAGAAACCGAUGUUGAUGGUUUAGACGACGCGCUAUCGCCAGAUCCAAGAGAAACCAGCUCAAACAAGUUUUUAGAUGCAUUUUCCACAUCGCCUAACAACAAUCUAUUAGCCGAAGAAGGAGUUUACAAUCCGUUCAUGGAACAUCAGGAAAAAGCGGCCAUGGAACUAGAAAAUUUAAGGAAAAGAGAACAUAGAGAAGAAUUUGAAGAAGAUGAAGAAAGAAUGGGUAGAGAGGAAACGCCUACACCACCUGCUGAUACUGUUCAUGAUGUUGGUGGGCUAGUUGAGAAUCCAGCCGAUAGUGAGUCUGAAGACGAGUGGGAUUAUAUUAAAGGCGAAGAAGCUAAUAAAGAAAAUAUCUCUCCGCAGCCGGGAAAGGAGGUUGUUCACAUUCCUGAAGAGGACGACACAAUGUCACAACUGAAUCCCAAUGCUGCAGAAUUUGUACCGGUCUCGCCUACGAGGAGUGUUCCAUCCCCCUCUUGUCGUAUGUUAAUUAAUGAUCAAAUUGUAUCACAAUCGCCAAAAAAAGCCAACGAUGUAGAUAUUAGUGUACCAAAUCCAAAGGAAUUUGAAAAUGAGGUUAAAUCCAGGCCUAGCGAAAUUGAUGCGAAUGGACAUGUAGAGUCUAGUGACUUGAAUACAGACUUAAUGGAUAAUAUUUUGAAUGGUAAAAAUAUUGACGAAAUUCCCGAAUUCCAACCGGGUAGUACACCAAAAAAAGUUUUCACAAGUGAUGAAUUCCACUUUGGUCCUAAUGCUGCUCCUUUCACUCCUAAAUGUUUAGAUCAAUCUGAAGCAUUGUCUACAAAAGCCGUAUAUGGAGAUGACACUGUAGCAACUUUUGACACUAGUUUCAAUGAAUCAAUAGGCCAGGAUUUGAAUAUUUUAAAUAAGGAAUCUGAUCCUAUGUCAAUGUCAUUUUAUGCAGAUCAAGGAGAAUCAAAUCCUUUUGAUUUAAAUAAAGUCCAGGUAUUACCUGAUAAUCUUGAUGAUUUUUUAAAUAAACCAGAUAACGAGGCUUUAAAUGAAACUAUCUCAGAUUUACCUGAUCCAUUACGAGAAAAAACAAAUAUUUUGAAUAAUGAUGAUGCAAUUCAAGUAACAGAUCUGGAUAAACAAAGUUAUGAUGAUGAAAAAGAACUUGCGUCUCCUAUCGAAUCUGAAAAAGAACUGUUGCCUACACAAGAGACUGAUUUUCCCAAAACUUCAGAACCAAGUCAUGAAAACUUGAUUCAGGAAUUACAUUGUGGGAACAAAACAGAUGAUAACCCAGUAGUAGUUCCUGCUGAUGUAGAACUAAUACCCACCAAUCCAUCUCCUUUACCCGAUGCGACUGAAUUUAGAGAUCUUCUAAAUAAAGAAACAUCUGAACUUGGAGAUGUUUCCUACCACGAAGCAACCGAAGUUGCAGAUCUUCUGGGCAGAGAUGUAACUGAAGUUGAUAAUAUUUUGGAUAACUCGAUAAUUGAAACCAGUGAUAUUUUAAAUAAAGAGUUUGUAAACAACGAUAUUUUAAAUAAGGAGGACACAAAUAUUGAUUCUUUGAAAGAUUCAGGAAAAGAAACACUAGUAUCAAAAGAAGCAGAAGAAGUCAAUGAUCUUUUAGGAACAGAGGAUACAGAAUUUUUACAUAAACAAGCAACUGAGGUCGAUGAUCUCUUAGGUAACCAGUUAAUAGACGAUGGUUUCAAUGCUCCUUCAAAUGAUGAAAUUCAAAAUGCUUGUACAGAACAUGAAAGUUUUCCAAAAGACAAUUCUUUAAUAGAAGAAGUGAGUGAAUCAGUUCAACCCAAACUGGAGGAGUUUGCACGCUUAGAAAUGAUUAAUACCGAAACCAUUGAGAUACGUGAUUUAGAACCACAACUGUCCCCAUCAGAAACCGAAAAAUAUCAGAUGAAAGAACAUGUAUCAACAGACGAUGCUCCAUUGGUUACUCCUGUGCCUCCUGCAAAAUCAGUUUGUGACCCUCCACUUGAAUCUUUUUCAGCAUUAGAAGAGACUAUGUCUUCAGUGUGUGAUGUUCAAAAUGAUAACUUUAAAUCAGAAUUGCCAGAAAAGCUAACUGAAUCUUCUAUAAACACAAAAUUAGAGAAAAUUGAUUUGGCAGUUACACCUGAACCAAUUCCAGAACAUUUCAAAUUAGAGUAUCCAGAGGAGGAAUCAAAAUAUUCUGUUUGCGAUUUAUCCGAAUCUAAAUCUCCAAUAUCAGAAGAUCUUUUGACUCCAGAUUUUACAAAAGAAACGUUGUUGGAAGAAGCCCAAGAACGUUUUGAAGAAUUAUGUAAACCAAUAGAAUCACCACAGGAAGAUGUUACGUCUUCUAUCAAAGAUGAUUUGUCAUUCCAUGUGCAAGAUUUAUCAAAUAAAUCACCUUUAGAAGAUCAAGUAAUUGAGGAUAGCUUUGUGACAGAAGACAAUGCUGUUCAUAAUGAACACUCUGAAGUAGUUAGAGAUGUGGAAAAAGAGACAGCUGAUAAAGAAGAAAUGAGUUUAGCAUCACCUAAAGAGGAUGCUGCAGUAGACUUUAAAUCAAGACCAUAUUUUCGCAUUUGUCCUGCAAGACCUCGUAAAGAGGUGGAACUUCCAAUUGAAGUGGAAACUGAAACAAUUGCUUUAGAAUAUGCAGAACCAGCAAUAGUUACUCCGUCCGAUGAAAGUAGAGCAGAAGAUCAAAUUGCUGCUACUGAUGAAUCAGAAUUAGAAGUGCUUAGAAAAACUCCACCUGUGGACGAGCUUGUCAAUGAAGCAGAAUGUGCAGUGCUUUUAAAAGAAACACAGUUAGAAGAGCCUGUUAAAGAGAUACAAUUAGAAGAGCCUGUUAAAGAGACACAAUUAGAAGAGCCGGUUAAAGAGACACAAUUAGAAGAGCCGGUUAAAGAGACACAAUUAGAAGAGCCGGUUAAAGAGACACAAUUAGAAGAGCCGGUUAAAGAGACACAAUUAGAAGAGUCAAUUAACGAGAACCAAUUAGAAGAAGCUGUUAAAGACUCAUAUGCAGAAGAAUCUGUUGAUCAGUUACAGCUAAAAGAGCCUAUGGAAGAAUCAAAAUUGCAAGAAGCUGUUAAAGAGUUACAAGUUGAAGGACCUGUAAAAGAGCCACAAUCAGAAGAAUUCCAAAACAUGCAACUAGAAGAACCAAUUAAGGAAUUGCAACAACCAGAAGAGCUAAAAGAAGCUGAAAAUCUUAAAAAUGAAAUAACAGCUGUCGGUGUUGCUGCAGUAGUAGCGGCUGGAGCAGCAAUUACUGCUGUAGUUUCAGCAACAAAGGUUGAUGAUAAGAAGAAGUCUCCAAGUGUAUCAUCUAUCAAGAAAACCACCUCUAAAACUACAGCAGCUAAGAGCCCGGCACCAAUAUCAAAAACAUCACCCAAGUUGAAUGCUUCAGCUUCUAAGCAAACUUCCAGCAAAACGAAUACAUCAUUGAAGGCAACAACAACAAAAACAGGCACUGCAAAGUCACCCACAUCAACAGCUAAACCGAGCUCCAGACCAAGUUUAUCAAAGCCUAAAACAACACUUCCGACAGUUUCAAAAACUACAACAUCAAAAUCUACAGAAAAGAGCUCAUUAACUAAUGGUGAAGUUAAAACUACUGCUAGGAAUAAUGUUGGUGUUAAAAAGACUGUUUCAGAAUCAAAUGGUGCUAAAACUACAACUUCUAAGCCAGCUCUUGGUACUACUCUAUCUAAAGUAUCUCAAAACAAGUUAACUUCUAAGCCUAAUCCAUCGACUCUUACAAAAACCACCAUUCCACCGCGUACAGCUCCGAUGGCUUCUUCGAAAGUUUCAAGUGCAAAUCCUAAGAGACCUUCAACUUUAAUCAGUAAAUCACAAAGUGGAACAACAUCCCCUGAUAAAGCUACAAAUGUCACAAAGACUACCUUGUCAAAGACGUCACCAAAGUCAACAACGAACGCUUUACCGAAAACAAAACCUACGACCAAUGUGACACUAACGAAACCAAGAAUUCCUCCUACGAAAACUGUCACAAAGACUCUACCCGAUACCGAGAAGCAGAAUAAAGAGAGCGCAAAUAAAAUUAUGGCAUCUCGGUCUGCCUCCAGCGCUCAAUCAAGCAGAACUACUACUACAAAUGCAAAAUCUACUUUGUCUUCCACUCGUAAAGUAGAAAGUAAGGUCAGUAGUACACGAACAACAGUAUCGAAAACAACCACAACCACAAUGAAAUCUACUACAGCCAAAAAACCAAACGAAAUAAUUAAAGGACCUGUGAAAACGAAAACGACCAAAAUAGAAAAACCCAAAGAAAAUGGUGUAUUCGAGGUAGUAACUGAAGAAAUCACUAUUGUAAACAAUACGAAUGCUGUCAUUAACGCUUUGGAACAGGAACCAGAACUGAUAAAGGACAAUUCACCAGUCGAUAAUAAAAUACUGAUUGAGACUACUCAAAUUGUUGAGACUAAAGCAGACUGAAAAAAUAAUAAU